CAAGAAGCGUUGGAUUCGAUCAUGAAGGAUUUGGUGGCCCUCCAGAUGGGCCGACGCUCCCGGCUACCUGGAUAUGAGACCAUGAAGAACAAGGACACGGGCCACCCAAAUAGACAGAAAAAGCACAACAGCAGCAGCCCAGCCCUUCUGAACAGCCCCUCAAUAACCACAAGCUCAUGUGCAGGGGCCAGUGAGAAAAAGAAAUUUUUGAGUGACGUCAGAAUCAAGUUCGAGCACAACGGGGAGAGGCGGAUUAUCCCGUUCAGCCGGCCAGUAAGAUAUGAAGAUGUGGAGCACAAGGUGGCAGCGGUGUUUGGGCAGCCUCUCGAGCUACAUUACAUGAACAAUGAGCUCUCCAUCCUGCUGAAAAACCAAGAUGACCUUGAUAAGGCAAUUGACAUUUUGGAUAGAAGCUCAAGCAUGAAAAGCCUUAGGAUACUGUUGCUGUCCCAGGACAGAAACCACACCAGUUCCUCCCUGCACUCCGGGGUGUCCAGGCAGGUGCGGAUCAAGGCUUCCCAGUCCGCCAGCGAUAUAAAUACCAUCUACCAGCCUCCUGAGCCCAGAAGCAGGCACCUCUCUGUUGGCUCCCAGAACCCCGGCCGGAGCUCACCUCCCCCUGGCUAUGUACCUGAGCGGCAGCAGCGAAUCGCCCGGCAGGGCUCCUACACCAGCAUCAACAGUGAGGGGGAGUUCAUCCCAGAGACCAGCGAGCAAUGCAUGCUGGAUCCUCUGAGCAGUGCUGAGAAUUCCUUGUCAGGGAGCUGCCAGUCUUUGGACAGGUCAACAGACAGCCCAUCCUUCCGGAAGUCACGAAUGCCCCGUGCACAGAGCUUCCCUGACAACAGGCAGGAGUACUCUGAUCGGGAAACUCAGCUCUAUGACAAAGGAGUCAAAGGCGGGACCUACCCCAGGCGCUACCACGUGUCUGUGCACCACAAGGACUACAACGAUGGCAGAAGGACAUUCCCGAGAAUACGUCGCCAUCAAGGCAACUUGUUCACACUGGUGCCCUCCAGCCGCUCCAUGAGCACCAACGGCAAGAACCUGGGCUUGGCCGUGCAGUACCUGGACCCCCGUGGGCGCCUGCGGAGUGCAGACAGCGAGAACGCCCUUUCUGUGCAGGAGAGGAACGUGCCAACCAAGUCGCCGAGUGCCCCCAUCAAUUGGCGCCGGGGGAAGCUCCUGGGCCAGGGUGCCUUCGGCCGGGUCUAUCUGUGUUAUGAUGUCGACACGGGGCGUGAACUCGCUUCCAAGCAGGUCCAGUUUGACCCAGACAGUCCUGAGACAAGCAAGGAGGUGAGCGCACUGGAGUGUGAGAUCCAGCUGCUGAAGAACUUGCAGCAUGAGCGCAUCGUGCAGUACUACGGCUGCCUGCGCGACCGCGCCGAGAAGACGCUCACCAUCUUCAUGGAGUACAUGCCGGGGGGCUCAGUGAAAGACCAGCUGAAGGCCUACGGGGCUCUGACCGAGAGCGUGACCCGCAAGUACACCCGGCAGAUCCUGGAGGGCAUGUCCUACCUGCACAGCAACAUGAUUGUUCACCGGGACAUCAAGGGAGCCAACAUCCUCCGGGACUCUGCGGGGAACGUGAAGCUGGGGGACUUUGGGGCCAGCAAGCGCCUGCAGACCAUCUGCAUGUCGGGGACUGGCAUGCGCUCAGUCACAGGCACCCCCUACUGGAUGAGCCCCGAGGUCAUCAGCGGCGAGGGCUACGGAAGGAAGGCGGACGUGUGGAGCCUGGGCUGCACUGUGGUGGAGAUGCUGACAGAGAAGCCACCUUGGGCAGAGUAUGAAGCCAUGGCUGCCAUCUUCAAGAUUGCCACGCAGCCCACCAACCCACAGCUGCCCUCCCACAUCUCGGAGCAUGGGCGGGACUUCCUGCGGCGCAUUUUUGUGGAGGCCCGCCAGAGACCCUCGGCUGAGGAGCUGCUCACACACCACUUUGCACAGCUCGUGUACUGAGUGCGCGGCCACGCUGCUGCCAGCCGCCCCCCACCCCCUAUGCCGUACCGUGCUGUGGGCAAGGGCUGCUGGGGCUCAGCAAAGCUGCUGCUGCUCCCCUGCCAGGCUGGGGACCCGCCUGCCGCAGGCCAGCCAGCAUCUGCUGGGCCGUUUCUGCUCCCGGACUCAGCCUCAAGGACCAGAAGCCCCAGCCUGCCUAGACCAGCAGGCUCCAGCGUCCUGAGCUCAGCGCCGAGGAGAAGGGACCAGGAACUGUGUGCGAGGCGACUACGGCCCAGCCUCAGAGCUGUGUCCUGACCCGGCAUCGGUGUCUCGUCCCCGGGUCUGGGCGCGGGGCUGACGCAGGGGGUGAAUAGUGUUACUUCCUUCCAAGUGUUACUUUGUUUCUGGAGGCCAGCAUGGGUGGCCCUGGGCUGGGUGCACCCACCCGAGUCUGCAAUCAGGCCCAGCCUCCCCGCCGCCAGUGGAAGGCAGAGGCCAGGGCGGCCCCGCCCCAGGCCAGCUUUGCCCAUUACCAAAGAUGAAUGACACAAACGUCAUGCCUUAUUCAGGGAAGGAGGCACCUGAUCUUCUUGCCCGUGACCCUGCCCCGCCCCCCAAGCAGGGCCCUGAGGUGUGGAAUUGCCCCCAGUGGGGGGCGAGGUGGGGGACCCAGUGUUGUCAAUGCAGUUGCCUCUGUUUUACAAGUUGGAGUCACUCUUAGGCUGACACCAUUUCUGAACUGGAGACCUGGGCGCCCUCGGCUCCGGGACCUGCUGUGCGCCUGGGCUGGGAGAGCUCGGCCUGGGCCUGUGUUCCUGGCCAGGUAUCUGUUCCCUGGAGCAGCAGGACAGACAGACUCCACAGGCAGGCCUCUGGCCCAAAUGGCUGCCCCGAGCCCUGACCUGAGGACCCCCUUCAAGCUGGGGGCAGUGUCCGCACCCCGCUGGGCCAGAGCCCCUUCUAGCAGCUGUGCACUCUGCCAGGCUGGCUAUCCAACAAGGGCUCGGCCUCCGCCUCCAGUCCUGCCUUGCUCCUCCCUGGGUGGUGGUGUGGCAGAGAGGCAGCACCUUGAGGUUGCGGGGAACAGUGUCUCCAGGCAGCUUCGAGUCGGCCAUGUUUACCUCAGCCUGGGCGCUGGUCCUUUCUUCCAGCCCCUCCCUCCGAAAUGUGCCUAUUGCUAAGCUCCUCCCCCUGGACUCCCCGCUCCCAUGGGAGCUGUCGUUCAGGGGGGCAGGCCAGUGCCUGGGGACCAGGCAGCUCCUCGAUGGCCAUGCCCACUUCCCCUCGGGCGCCCGAACAAGCCAAAGCCUUCGUUGUCUGUCGACGAUGCACUUUUAUGAAUGUAGUUCCUAUCGCUGUUUAGCCCUUUCACAUCACGUCAUGUGAGGCCUUGUACUUGUUAAUUUAUAUCUCAGAUCCUGUCUGAUGGUUUUUAUAUAUACUCAUUCUAGACUGCUACAGGAGACGGGCGCCUCGAGAGAGGGGAGAACACCAGAGCAGCUGGUUUUGAAGAAAUGUGUAUUGCACAGUGCAACCGGGGCCUGGGACCCCACCCCACCCGGGGCCCCGGCCCCCGGCCCCUCCUCUCGACCACAGCUGCUGUGCUGCAGCUCGGCCCCUCUGUGACCCUGCCCUGAUGGACCCCACCUGAGGCAGGAGCACUCUUCUUCGCUCCCACCCCCCACCCCAGCCCCCGUCCCCAAAGGAGACAAUAAGGUGCCCGUGCUGACAAGACGACUCUUUGGGUCCCGGGUUCAAGCUCCCCCAUAGCUCCCUCACUCGCACCCCUGGGGGGUCUUACCUCACAGGGAGGUAUCCUACAAAUGAAUUUGAAAACAAGCCAACAAACCCUGCACUUCAAAAACAAAAACAAUUUCUUUGUGCCAAAAACUGGUCAUCCUGGCUCAGCAUCCUCAGGACCAAGCUGUUGCUUAAUUUUAACUUAUUUUUUGAAUAAUCCAGAUGACAAGUCCUGGGGCCCUCGGAAGCCUGGGACCCUGGGCUCUGAAAGGCAUCUUCCCAGCAGCCCUAGGCUUGCUGAGGGAAGGGGCCAAGCCGCCAUUUUCUCUUCAUUCCGUGAGCCUGUCUGCCUGGGCCAGCCCAGCUGGGAGAGGCCGGGGCUGGGGUCGGCCCUCUCUGCCAUCGCUCUUGCCUCCCACGGGCCCCCAGCUCUGUCUGCUGUGGAACGUGCAGAAGAACCUGCAGCCAGAGGUAGUUAAGUAGAUCUUGACCGAGGGCUUGCAGUGCAAAGCCAGGCCAGUGUCGUGCAUUACUUUACAAUAAAAGGGAUCAUUUACA